UUGAGUUAAAUAAUUUCCUUUUACCUUACUAAUAAAUCAUAAACGAUUAACAACGUAACAACAAUAACAAAAGUUGUGUUUUUUUGAAUAUCCAAACAACGACAAUGAUGAUUCAACCAUUAUUUGCGCUUGUAUUUCUUGAAGUGGUCGUGAUAUUGACCCUCAUAUUCCGAACCCCUUUAAGGAAACCGGUUUUGAUGGCAUUGGAUAAAUCGAAGCAAGGAAGGGGACCUGUCAUAGUAAAGAGUGCUGGAGGAACGUUAUUCGUUGUUUUAGUCUCCAUCUUGUUCAACGUCACUCUAAUGCAGAACCGCGCAACUGAUUCUGGCACUGUUAAUCCAACUGAUCAAGUUUUGUUGGCUAAUCAUCUCUUAGAAGCCUCGCUCUUGGGGUUCACAUUGUUUCUUGCUUUGGUCAUAGAUAGACUUCAUUACUACAUAAAAGAGCUUCGUCUGCUAAGGAAGACUUUGGAGGGAGAAAAGAAAACGAACCAGAGUCGCGAUCAGGUGGAAAAUGCAGCAUCAAAAAGUCCGAGCAUAAGUACAUAAGCAUAUUAUGGAGGCUAUAUAUUUAUGUUUUACCAAACUCUAUACUUAUUUAAUUUCUCUGUUUGUUUGGUCUUUUAGGUUGCCUUUCCUAGUGUAAGGUGAAGUUGUAUGUUUUUCUUCAAUUAUUUCCUAAAUGUCUGAUUGUAGUUUGUA